UGUUGUGCCAGCGCUGCUGCCAGAAAAGCCUCCCUCUGAGCCAGAGCCAAGAGCCAGCCAAACAGUCCACUUUGGGCCACAAACAAAAGAGCACCCCAGCCGAAAAGCGAGCGGAGAAUUCAAAUUGAAAUCUUCUCGACCAGAGUGUGCGAUUUUUUUUUCUGAACCUGUGCUUCUGUGCCUACAGUGUUGAUUGGAAAAACUUGCGUACCCAAGGGAUAAGAAAGUGCAAAUUUGUUUCGGAAAAGCCACUCGAGAACAGGUAAACAGGGGAAUUUGCCAAGGAAAUUAUCAUCAUCGAGUCACGUAAUUAAAACGAAACGUAAGACUCGAGAAAGAAGAGCAAAUAUUUGCAUUUUCCGGCGGUGAAGGCGGCGGAAAGGGAACUCCGCUGGCGGGGCUAAUAAUAAACUAAGGGCGAAUAACGCAGGACUCAGGACGCAGCACGCAGGACGCAGGACUAGGGAGCCAACAACUACCGACCGUUAACGUGGCCAUAACAGUUUGCCAGUUAGCGCUACAGUUACCGCUACAGUUACUGCUCCACUUACACUGACUGCUGAUAAUAAAACGUCACAGAGCGAAUCGAAGAACAGAAGAGGCGCAGAAGGGUGCACUGAGCGAAAGGCGAGGGGCGUUGGCUUAUCAACAAGGACAUCCAGGACAUCCAGAACACCCGAGAAGGCCAAUUCCAAGGAUUGCAGGAUGCGGGGCCGUCACUUGCGUCGCCGAUUCAGCCUGCAGCCCUCGUUCAUGAAGGAUGACAACGCCGAGGACAAGCCAAAGCGUGACAAAGUGGGCAGGAACAACGCGGUGGACGAUGCCAUCGGACCGGCCAACGCGCGCCACAAAAUCGUCGUCAUGGGCUCUGCAAAAGUGGGCAAGACGUCGAUAAUCACCCAGUUUCUGUACAACACAUUCAGCACCAAGUACAAGCGGACCAUCGAGGAGAUGCACCAGGGCAACUUCUCCAUCGCCGGCGUCAGUCUCACCCUCGAUAUCCUGGACACCGCCGGUUCCUAUGAGUUCCCGGCGAUGCGUGCUCUUUCCAUAUCCUCGGCGGAUGCCUUCAUCCUGGUCUACGACGUCACCGAUGCCACAACCUUCGAGGAGGUGCGCACCAUUCGCGACCAGAUCCACGAGACGAAGGCCACCACCGCGGUUCCAAUUGUGGUUGUGGGCAACAAGAUCGACCUUCUGGCCGACGGAGAAACCGAGCGCGAAGUUGAGUACGCCACCACGGAAUCGGUGGUCACUGUGGACUGGGAGAACGGGUUCGUGGAGGCCUCGGCCGCCAUCAACGAGAACAUCACUCAGGUGUUCAAGGAGCUGCUGGCCCAGGCGAAGAUCACCUACAACCUGAGUCCGGCCCUGCGGCGGCGCCGGCAGUCCCUGCCGCAGCAGAUCGGCAACAAUGGGCCGGGCACCCCGCUGCACCACCACCACCACCACAGCCACCACCACCAGUCGCAGCACCACCACAACUCCGGGGGCGGCUCCUCCGCCUCCACCUCGGCGGCGGCUGCGGCAGCGUCCUCCUCCGGCGGCUCCGGCGGCUCCCACGCCCCCACUCCGGCCCAGCUGCAGCACCUCCAGCGCAUCCAGGAGCGGAGCUUGGGCGCCAAGCGCAACUCGUGCAGCAUCUCCUAAGGCAGCGGAAUCCGGGGAUUCGAAGGUCGCACCACGGCAGCUUAAAAGACAAACCGAAGCUAAACUAAAACGGUCUCCUACAAAACGGUUUUCAAUACUUCUCCAAUAAUGCAAAAAUGGGGCUCACUUCUACGUAGACCAAUUACGAAAUACCCCAAAUCUAAGGUGAACAGAAAAGGUCGAUUCUUUGAAGGGAAAUAGGGGAAGAUUUGCCUAAGAGCACUGGUCACUUGACAAAAUUGAUCUCUCUCUUUAACAGCAGUGGAAAAUUGCCAGAACUAGAGGUUUAAAAUCGAGUUUGGUUGGUAUCCCAAAUUUUGAUGUAAUAUAUUUGUAGUGCGGAAGUCUCUAGGAUGAUUUCCUCAAGACCAUGAACUAUUUUUCACCGCAUACUCUUACGGAUACCUGUUGAAAGGGUUUUACACCUCUAGAGAUAGUUCUACAUUUUGCCACGAAAAUAGGUCAACUUUCUUUUAGACCUCAGGGUGGUAAGACCAAGCAGAAGGAUCACAUUCCCUUCCUGGGAUUUUCCCACUUUUGCAUCGACCCGCACUAAUGUGGAGCAAUCCGGACUCAAAUGUACCUCUAUCUUGCUAUUAUCGCUCCAAUAACUUUAGUACCUAUAUCUCAAGCCUCUGGUUUCUCAAACUCAGCCCUCAGCAUACUAAUAGACGGAAUGGAUGUGUUACGGUAGAGAAUAUUGAAUCGUUAGACAGCUCUAUAAUUUACUCAGAUAAAAUACAGAAACUAUGUAGUCCCGAAACCGAGGCAAGAAGCAUUCUUUUAAAUGUGUCUCGGCGUUACUCUAACUCGAUUGUUGUGCGUGUGUGUCUAGUUACAGUUUCCCCUUUCCCGACAGUACAGGUAUAUAUAUAUAUGAUAGUUCAUAUAUAUUUUCCUAUUUGUGUAUAGAUUACCCGAGUAGCGAGCACUUGGGACCGGCCCGUGUACCCAAAGACAGCGAAGACAUAUUUUUGUAGACAAUAGGUCGAUAGAACCGGACUUCUCCUGGGCGCCAGUGUUGGGGCGCUUGCCAAUGUGCGGGCUGCCAGUGUUGAGAAGCGGAAGUGAAAGCUAAAGAACCGAAACCGAAAGCAAAUGCAUAGUUAAGAAGUAUCACUGAUUGGAGGGGGAUAACCUAAAACCUAUCUGUAGAAACGUAAUGAGUGUACAUUUAGUUAAUAUUUUUUUUCCGUUCCCAUUUUACGGUUAGCUAGUAGUGUUGGUUAAUGCCAGGCAAAAAGAUUGAAACAAAUGGUUAAGAUUGAAAACGCAAUGAAAACACCAAAGAAUAAGACAAAGACAAAAGCAAAUGCAAAUAAUGAAUACGAGUAUAGGGCGAUAGAAAUAUAUAUGAAGAUGUUAUCGUAUGGAAAAUUAUAGUCGUGUUAUAGGGUUACUUUUGAGAUACAGAACGAAAAACGGGCCAAAGUGAAACGCAGCUAUUAUAUUGCAUACAUCGGACAUCACGCGUAAUUUAUUUGUGGUACAAUAAAGUAUCUACCCGAUACCGGAUUCACACCCAAAAAAAACAGAAAAAGCCAAGUGAACAGAGCGUUAUAUUUAUACUAUUAUAGUUAUAUGUAUUGCUACAAGAAAUACUUCAAAAUACUAAUAUACCGAAUACUAUGCGAAUACGAGUACUAAACGGAAAUCUUAAGGAAAUACCAAACUUAUACGGAUAUUGAUGUGUUGCAAACGAAACGAAAACCUUCAAGAAUUUAUGUAAUUAUUUAGCUCCAGCAAAUCGUACAAUAUCAAGUAUACAUAUAUCUGCGUAUAUUUCUGUGUGUGUAUCAGUGGUUGUUUCAAAUACAAUAUAACUCCGAUCUUUGGCAGGCCAAAGUCCCUUAAACUCUUGCUGGCUGACGGGUGUGUCUAUAUGUUUUUUCCCUUUCCACAAAGCUAAAGGAGCUAUCAUGGAUCUGUAUUGUUUGAGUAGGAUUUGCCUGCAAGAGUUUAAAAUAAAUUCACAAUUAAGCUGGCCAAGGCGCAGAGCACCCAAGAGGUGGCGAUGAGCGUGUAUGUGAGUAGAUCUGUCAUUAUGGUACCUAGAAAUACGGACAUGAGUGUGUGAGCAUUACGUAGAAUAACUCGCAUUACAAUUGAUUUAGUUAGGCGGCGCACUGUGGCCAAUCACCGAGGGCUUGGCACACAUAUGUAUCACUCUAUCGUGGAAGGGUUUUCCAAAUUACAAGCUAGAUUCAGAUUUAGUUUGAGGACACAGUGCGUUAGUUAACAGAAGAGAAAGCAAGCCACGUAGAAUUGAUUAAGGUGUUAGCGAUCCCCAUGAUUCGUGGGCCCUCACUUGGGCUCGGUAUUUUUGCCCAAAAAAAGACACUUCCUCGGGAAAUGUUUGAGUUUAUGAAGAGAUCAGCAGAAUAAGUUUCGAUCUCUUUUUAAGUAAAAUUUUGAUUUUUUGAGUAAGUUAUUCCACUUUCUAGACAUAAAUACCGAGUCUUAUGUAGAAAGGCCCGGAAUCCUCUUGUUUCUGGAGUAGCGGUCAAGGUUGUAUCAGCACCCUUUCGCAUAACCCACUUCCGAAUCCCCUUAUAAAACUAAUAUAUCACUUUCCAACACUCCCAGUCCCGAACCCCUUCAUGACACUAAUAUAUCACUUUCCAACACUCUGUAAGUCCCCUUGAAUGCGAACUUCUUUGGUUCCUAGGCCACAACCUCUGCAGCUGGAUAUCUUACAACUAAAUAUAUAUUAAUAUGAAUAUUUACAUACGGCAAUACACAUAUGCAUAUACUAUAUACAUACAUAUACAUUAUGAAUAAUUAAAAAUGUAAUUGGUAAAUGCGAAGAGACAAGAACCGGAAAUAAACGCAAGGGCGAGGAAAU